UCGAUUCGCCGCCUCAGCUUCACAGAAUAUCUCGGGGGAAUCGUCUAAUCUGGUAACUAAUUAUACUAUUUUUCGUAACAGUACCAAUGCAAUGUUMACGAUGCUUCUUGGAAGGGCGCUGGUUUUAAUUUUUCUAUACUUGAAUGGCUCGCUAACAGAAGCGAAAAACAAAACUUUGCUGAUGGUACCACGAAAAAUUAGUUCUGACGGAAAUAAAUAUAUCUGGCCGUGGAUAAGUAUUGGAGAUCAGUGGAAGAAGGAUCAUGGACCAAAGAAGCCAGUUUUCACUGUCUGUGACAUAAGCCCUUCACAAGAACCAAACRUCUGGUUAAGAAGUCUCGAAAUUCAUGUUAAAAACGCAACAAGGGUCGAUGUAACAUUAAAAUACGCCGUUUCUGAAUGCACUGCGAUCAAGCAUUGCAAGGACAACUUACAAUUAUUCGUCCAUAAAACAUCGCGGAAGUAUGGUAACACACAGAACAAGGUCCCGGAACCCAAUAAAAAUAUUGAAUCAUAUCAAAACUUUGGAACCACAAAACCAAGAUCCAUCUCUAAAGAUCUCGUUAAGCCCGAAUUAAAUAACGAGACAUACUCCUUCUUCACGAAUGGUUCAACACCAUACUACUACCUUGCCAUUCGAUACCAAGGAGGAUGCUUUCGCUUGUUCGAAGUGGUCUUGAGCUAUUCAAUUUGUUCUUCUAUGGCUUUGUCAUCAAAUCUUGUUCAUCUAACUGAAACGAUUGCACCAGCUAACGGAACAAUACAGGUUGGAGGAUCUUGUGCUCAAAACGCUCAGCCKUUGGCUGAUAAUAUGACCUUYUAUGGAAAUUGCAUGGCUAAUGGUGAAUGGAGUAGUGACGCAAUAGGUGGUGAAUGCUUGUGUAUGGCAGGGUUUGGAAAGUACUUAAAUGGAACCAGUGCAUCUUGCAAAAAAUGCCCUGAUGGAACAUAUCAAGAUACAGCAAGUAAUGCAUCAUGUACCAAAUGCCCUCUUAACAGCAGAGUGAACUCACAUCGAACUAUGUGCUCAUGUAAGCCUGGCUAUUACAGGUUUGAUAAUGAAACCUAUAUGGACACCUGUACAGGUCCACCAUCAGAACCUAGAUUUCCAGAAUCAACCUUCAUUAAUGCAACGUCUCUACAGCUUUCAUGGUCCUCGCCCUCGGAUCUCGGAAGUAGAURAGAUGUUUACUAUGAAAUUCAUUGUAAGAAGUGUAACGACGAAGGCAAGGAUUGCAUCACAAACUGUACCGGUGCUGAUAUCUCACAUACUCCAGGAACCAGUAGAAAUGCCACUGUCCAAUUUCUGUCUCCCUAUACUUAUUACGAGUUUAAGAUAUUUGCUAAGAAUGGAAUGUCUAGUUUAGCGGAAAUYAGGGAUAAUAGAGAACCACAGUUCAUACCUCUUCCUCGAAGGACUAAGCAAUCAGUUCCAGGAGUCCCGACAGAAUUAAGCGCAGAAAUCAGUUCCACAGAAAUAAAGCUGAGGUGGAAGCUAGAGAAGAAGAACGGGGUCAUUACAUACUAUCAAGUGACAUAUCAUGAGGAGAAUAAGGAGGAGAACACACUUACAAAAAAUACUACAAAGACAAGUAUAACUAUAAAAAGCCUUAAGCCGCAAAAGACGUAUAUAUUUAAGAUACAUGAUGGCAAGUUGACAGUGCUUCAGCUACUUGGUAUGGCAAGAGGCGUAGCUGCUGGAAUGACAUACUUGUCUGGAAUAAAUUUUAUACACAGGGACCUGGCAGCUCGUAAUAUUCUUGUAGCUGAUAAUAUGGCAAGUAAAGUGUCAGACUUUGGUCUAUCUCGCGAAUUGAACGAGAGUGAAGAUAAUGAAGAUUCCGAGUACACAACCCAGGGUGGUAAGAUUCCAAUACGGUGGACAGCACCUGAAGCCAUUCGUUACAGGAAAUUCAGCUCAUCUAGUGAUGUAUGGAGCUUUGGGAUUCUUCUUUGGGAAAUAAUGUCAUUUUCAGACAGACCUUACUGGGACUGGGAUAACUUCCAGGUAAUGGAUCGGGUUGAAGAAGGAUAUCGUCUACCAGCACCCAUGGAUUGUCCCAAGUCAAUUCAUAACAUUAUGUUGGACUGUUGGGAAGCAGACAAGAACAAUAGACCAAAGUUUGCUGAAAUCGUAAAAAGACUUGAAGAACUGAUAUUCUCUCCAGAAAAGAUAACUGAUGACUCGGCAAAUGCACGUUACGCAAACACAAAUGUUAGCAUUGACCUCGAAGACGAAACACCGGUCCAAGAAUGGUUGGAGAGCAUCAGCAUGACUCGCUAUGCGAAUUCMUUCRAAGAYGCGGGAUAUGUGGACAUUGCGCAUGUGAAAUUGAUUAAAGACGAUGAUCUCACUAGAAUUGGAGUCAACCUGAUUGGSCACCGCAAUAAAAUAAGCAAGAGCAUUAAGAAAAUGAAAAGAAAAUCGAAAGUUCCCGAACGUGACCAUUUUGCUGACAAAGGGGAGGAAGAAGCUUUUGUUUGAGUUGGGUGAAUGAAAAAUGUCAAAAAAUCUUACAAAUCAACGUACAAUGAUUCCUUGCACGAUUCGGUUUAUGCUUUGAAUAUAGAUAUUGCUUGGUAUCGACAUAAUUGUAUUCAUUAUUAUCGAUGUGGAGAAAUCUCAAUGGGAGAUAUCUUUUAAGGAUGARRGAUUGACCGUCAUUAUGAGAUGCRCAUGUGCGAGUUGCGAGCAAAAAUACGAGCACUUCAAAGAUCCUUAAAUUGRCAAGGUCAUGGUCGCGGUAUUAACGAGUCUACGCGCUAUAAAAUUAAUGAAUUUGUUGACUGGAAUUUAACAUUUAAAACCGAAGAGAGGAAACUAUUAUAUCUUAUUCACAGAUAAUUCUAAUUUUGUACAAAUGUAUUUUUUGUUCUUAAUAGUAAGGAGGACUAUGUUAGUGUUGUUGAAUUGUUGGCAUUUUGCCAUCGAAGUUGUAUAGUAGCGCUAAUCUUUCGUUUUAAUAAAUUGUUUGCAAAAAAUAUGGAUGUUGAUUGUCCGGCUUUUCCAAGAAUGCGGUUACGAUAUAGCUUUCUAGCCUCAGCCACAUCUAGACAUCUUACGGGCACAGCGGCAUGCAAAUGGUUGAUGUCAUGCAAGCAAUUAAUCGUAAUCGCGAUUUUCUCUCUCCGUACACA